UGUAUACAAGUAACUCUUCACACUAAGGCAACUGUGACUUUAUUAGGCAACAUAUGAGUCAAAAUUUGAAAGCAGUUAAUCAACUACGUUUGCAAUAAAAUCGACAGCAAUGGAUAACCUGACAUUCAGACACAGCGUUCUUCUAGUGGAGGGACUUCAAGUUACGCCUCAGUCUACCUAUGUGGUUUUUGUUCUGCUACUUAUUGUGUACAUCUUUAUUAUGGUUGCCAACAUUACACUUGUAAUUCUAAUCUCAACUGAGAAGAAUCUACAUCAUCCUAUGCAUUUUCUGUUUUGUAACUUGCCGCUGAAUGACAUUUUAGGGACCACCGUCAUUUUGCCACGCUUACUUCGGGAUGUUUUAAUAGAAACUUCAGAUCGCUAUAUCACAUUUAAUGAAUGUGUUACUCAAGCAUAUUUUGUGCACAUUUUUGUAGCAGCAUGUCAUUAUGUUCUUAUUAUAAUGGCCUUCGACAGAUAUGUGGCCAUUUGUAAUCCACUGAGAUACACAGCGAUAAUGACCAAUAAGAUGGUUAUGAAACUAUCAGCAAUAGCAUGGGGAUUGUCAGUUCUUAUGGUGUCUAUUCUGUUAGGCCUCACAGUGCGACUGUCUCACUGCAGAUCGAAAAUUGAAAACCCUUUCUGUGAUAAUGCCUCACUGUUUAAGCUGUCCUGUGAUGAAGGUGUCGCUGUGAAUAAUAUCUAUGGGAUCAUUUAUACUGUGGUUUUGUUUACCUUCUCAAUUUUGUCUAUAUUUAUAACAUAUGGCAAGAUUGCCGCUGUAUGCAUAACCAGCAAAAACAAAGCACUCAACAGCAAAGCCAUAAAGACCUGCAGCACUCAUUUAGCUGUUUAUUUAAUCAUGUUUGUUUCUGGUUCCACUUUCAUUUUUCUCCAUCGUUUCCCUCUCUACUCAGAAAGCAGGAAACUAGCUAGUAUAAUGUUUCAUAUUGUACCCCCAGGAUUAAAUCCAUUAGUUUAUGGUUUACAAACCAAAGAGAUUAGACAAAAGUUUGUGAAAAUCUGGCGCAGAGAAAAAGAAUCAUCUUAAUUCAUUACACCAUUAAACAACAUUAUACACUGGUUUCAGCACUCAAAAUGUUGAAUCAGUGCUGUUUACAGACUAUUUUUUUUUGGAUCAAUAAAUAUCAGUCAUGUGUUAAAAAUGCUAAUAUGAUAAUAAAGUCUUUAGUAACUGCUUUCCAACUUA